GGCAGCUCUUGCCGCCACAUGGUGAUGCACCAUGCCCAUAGUGGACAAGCUGAAAGAAGCCCUGAAGCCUGGGCGGAAAGACUCUGCUGAUGAUGGUGAGCUGGGCAAGCUCUUGGCUGCUUCUGCCAAGAAGGUCUUGCUGCAAAAGAUUGAGUUUGAACCAGCCUCCAAAAGCUUUUCAUACCAGCUGGAGAGCCUCAAAAGCAAAUACGUUCUGCUGAACCCGAAGACAGAAAACUCUAGUCGGCAUAAAGGCUGUGAGGAAGGAUCCGUUCGGAAACAAGGCCUUGAGCACGUGCUGGGAGGUGAUGGAGUGCCAGCCCCACAGAAGCUCCUUUUUCCCGUAGAGCGUCUCUCCUUGAAAUGGGAGCGGGUGUACCGUGUCGGAGCUGGUCUCCACAACCUUGGCAACACUUGCUUCCUCAACUCCACCUUGCAGUGUCUGACAUACACCCCACCUCUAGCCAACUACCUGCUUUCCAAGGAGCAUAGCCGCAGUUGCCACCAGGGAGGCUUCUGUAUGAUGUGCAUUAUGCAGAACCACAUGAUUCAGGCUUUUGCUAACAGUGGCAAUGCCAUCAAGCCCGUGUCCUUCAUCCGAGACCUUAAAAAGAUUGCUCGGCACUUCCGUUUCGGCAGUCAGGAGGAUGCACACGAGUUUCUGCGCUACACCAUUGAUGCCAUGCAGAAGGCCUGUCUCAACGGUUAUACCAAGCUGGAUCGUCAGACUCAGGCUACCACGUUGGUGCAUCAGAUCUUUGGUGGCUACCUCCGAUCACGAGUGAAGUGCUCUGUGUGCAAGAGUGUUUCUGACACUUAUGACCCCUACCUGGACGUGGCUUUGGAGAUCAGGCAGGCUGCCAACAUUGUGCGAGCAUUGGAGUUGUUUGUAAAGGCAGAUGUGCUGAGUGGGGAGAAUGCUUACAUGUGUUCCAAGUGCAAAAAGAAGGUGCCAGCCACCAAGCGCUUCACCAUCCAUCGGGCGUCGAAUGUACUCACCAUCUCCCUCAAGCGCUUUGCCAAUUUUAGUGGAGGCAAAAUCACCAAGGAUGUGGGCUAUCCUGAGUUCCUAAACAUCCGUCCUUACAUGUCACAGAGCAAUGGUGACCCUGUCAUGUAUGGCCUCUAUGCUGUGCUUGUGCAUUCAGGAUACAGCUGCCAUGCAGGGCAUUACUACUGCUAUGUCAAGGCAAGCAAUGGGCAGUGGUACCAGAUGAACGAUUCUUUGGUACAUUCAAGCAACAUCAAAGUUGUUCUCAAUCAGCAGGCCUACGUACUGUUCUAUCUUAGGAUCCCGAGCACCAGGAAGAAUCCUGAAGGGUCAGUCUCCAAGAGCAACUACCCGGUGUCCAACCGAGCAAGCAUUGUGUCUGACCACAUGAAGAGAAGCACGACCAAUGGUGCCCUUGCGUCACCACUGAUCAGCAAAAGGCCAGAUGUGCCUCAGGCCAAGAAAACCCUGGAGCCUGAGGAAUCUGGAGUCCCUGUGCCCCGCAGCUCCUUUGCUUCCAACUCCAAACCUCAGAACGGGACUGGUCCUCCUCCCAAGCUCUUCCCUACCACCGGCUUCUUGUCACCAAAACUUUCCAACAAGCCAACUUUCCUGGAUGAUUUAAGCAAGAAAUCCAAGAAGCAGCUUCUCCUCAAAACAUCUCCGGACUACAGUGAGGCUGGUGGUGCCAGGGUGGAGACGUGCAAGCAGAAUUCCUGGGAAGACAAGGGCUUGACAUCCUCUUCACGGCUGCUAGAAAGUCCUGCAGAAGACUUUGAGGGCAAAGUUCACGAAGAAAGUGCAGAGCUGCCAAGCAAGGACUCCUCAUCCUUAACGACUUCUUCAUCUUCAAGCAGCUCCUCUUCCUCCAGUCCAGCACAUCACUCGAUCAAGGGUCUCCCACAGGCCACGGUGGGCAUCAACGGCUACUGCUCCUCUCAGGAAACGGACUGUGCCUCUGGGAAACCUAUUUCUGAGGACUCCAAGUUUGCCAAGUUAAAAUCGCCGUUGCUUGCUACCAUGACCAAUUUGGAGCUGGGAAGCACCAUGUCACCCCCACCUGCGAAGAAACUGGCUCUCUCUGCCAGGAAGGGCAACAACAUACUGCAGAAAGUGAGCGGCAGUGAGCGUCGGGCACCGCCCCACUCCCCACCAGCCGCCACAAACACCACCCAUCCCGUCUGCGCCACUGCACUUGGCUAUCCCAGGGUGCUCUCAUCUGCUUCCAAAUCUUCAGCACCUCCGCACUCAGCCAACGGCACCUUUGUCAACUUUACACCCUCAUCCAGCUUCAAAUCAUGCUGCCCCUCUGCUGCCCCUCUGUCACCACCUGUUGUUCCCAAAGGGGCACGGAGCCACUUUGACUCGGACAAGGCUAAGGGCCCUUUCUUUGCCAGCUCCAAGAAAAGAAAAAGGAAGCAUAGCCCUUCAGGGGAGGGACAAGGUACCCGUUGCAGCCCGGGCAGGACAGAAGACAGUGCUGACAGCCCCUGGCUCUCCAACCCUCCCAGGAAGAAGAGGCAACUGAAGGAAAAUGGCAUCAUCCUGGCCUCUUCUGGACAAGUAAAGGUGGCAGCCAGGAAGGAAGAAGAGGAGGGAAUGGCUGAGGACCAGGCAACACCUGGUUCAAGUUUAACCAGUUCCAUCCGGAAAAAAAAGAGGAAAAGGAGACUGCAGCAGAGGGAGGAAGACAGCAAACCUUUGCUGUCCCCUGUGAACAGCUGCUUUCCACAGUAUGAGGCAGAGGUUUGCCUAGGACGUGCGUCUAUGGAGGAGUCCUGCUGCCUGAAGAAGAAAAAGAAGAAAAAGCAGCUCUCUUUACCAGGUUUAGACAAAGGCAGCACUGCUGCAGAGAGCGAGCACCGCAAGCACAAGAGGAGGGAGAAACUGGGUGGUUCUACCUCUAAGGCCAUCAGCCCCCCAGAAGAGCUAAGUGAGAACGGCCUUUGCCCAGCCAGAGUUGAUCCUCCAGCAACCCUGGCCUGGGACAGCCAGCUUAAGCACUGGGACAAGUACUCCUCACAUGUGCUGAGUCCAAAGAAGGAAGUGACUCAGUGCAAACGUGGACAGUCUGAUGUGGUCCAGGAGCUGCUGAAGGAUUCUUUGGAUAAAGCUUAUGGAAAAGAAGUAUUGACGUGGGAUGGCGAGGUGUCAGCUGUCAGCCAGGAUGCCGUGCAUGAUACUGUGUGGCUCCAGAGACAGACAGUCCUUGAUGACUGGGAUGAAGAGUUUGACAGCGGGAAGGUGAAGAAAAGCAAGAAAAUCAAACGUGAGCGGAGGAAAAACUUCAAUGCCUUCCAGAAACUGCAAAGUCGUCGUAAUUUCUGGGCUAUAACACACCCAGCUAAGGUGGCUAGUCUGAGCUAUCGGCUCUGAGAUGAUGAGUUCUUGGCUCCAGCAGCGCCAUGAUGGAUUCCUGUAAAUUGGAGCAUAAUGU